UCCUCCUCCUCCUCCUCCUCUUGCGCGCAAAGCAUAAGGCGUGGUUUUUACUCGGAUGGAGAUGCGAGCUCCGUCUGCUCCCGCUGGGAUCCCCCACCUGCGCCCGUGCACACUGCGCUCCCGCUUCGGCCGCGACGGCGCUGGUGGUGGCGGAGGAGGAGAGCGGCUGAUGCGCGGAGGAGGAGGACCCGGGAGGAGGAUGGCAUCCCCGUGGCUCGUCGUGCUCGCGCUGGCGCUGGCGUGCCCGGGGCCACCGCAAGUGCACUGCAAGCGGGCCAGGCAGCCGCGAUGCCCCGCGUCCUGCACAUGCACCAAAGACAACGCGCUGUGCGAGAGCACCGGCCUCAUCCCCAGAGCCUUCCCGCCUGAUGUUAUCUCACUGUCUUUCGUCAAGUCCGAAUUCACAGAGAUCCCCAAGGAGAGCUUCAUCCACACGCCCGUCCUGCACCUCCUCCUCUUCACAGCCAAUAACCUGGAGAGCAUUGACGAGGACGCUUUCCUCGGCCUUCCUCAUUUGGAGUAUCUGUUCAUCGAAAACAACCAGAUCAGUUCCAUAUCGCCGUACGCUUUCCGAGGACUGAAAACCUUAGUGCAUCUGAGUCUGGCUUACAAUAAUCUUGAGACCCUCCCCAAAGAUUUGUUCAAAGGCCUGGAAGCCGUGACAAAAGUGGACCUGCGAGGGAACCGGUUCACGUGCGAUUGUAAGCUAAAGUGGCUGGUGGAGUGGAUCUACAGCACCAACGCCACGGUGGAUCAGAUCUACUGCAAAGGCCCGUCGGCACUGCAGGACAAGAAGAUCAACGACCUCGCGCCGCAGUCCUUCGACUGCAUCACCACAGAGUUCGCUUCAUACCAGUCCCUCAAGUUUGAAUCCAUAUCCGUGGAGGCCUUUACCUUCGGCGAAGAUCAGUAUGUGGUCUUUGCUCAGCCCUUCAUCGGCAAGUGUAACUUCAUGGAGUGGGACCACGUGGAGAUGGUCUUCAGGAACUUUGACGACAUUGACAGCACUUCCACGGUGAUCUGCAAACCUCUGGUGAUCGACAACCAGCUCUUCAUCAUCGUGGCUCAGCUGUUCGGCGGCUCGCACAUCUAUAAGCGGGACAGCUCGGCCGACAAGUUCAUCAAGCUCCAAGGGAUCGACAUCCUCAAGAUCCGCAAGCCCAACGACGUGGAGACGUUCCGCAUCGACGGAGAGUCCUUCUUCGCCAUCGCCGACAGCUCCAAGGCCGGCUCCACCACCAUCUACAAGUGGAACGGCAACGGCUUUUACUCGCACCAGUCACUCCACCCCUGGUACCGCGACACCGACGUGGAAUACAUGGAGAUCUCCUCCAAGCCUCACCUCGUCCUGUCCAGCAGCUCCCAGAGGCCCGUCAUCUACCAGUGGAACAAAGGCACCAAGCUCUUCGAGCGGCGCACCGACAUCCCCGAGAUGGAGGAUGUCUACGCCGUCAAGCAUUUCCAGGUCAAGUCGGACCUCUUUCUCUGCCUGACGCGCUUCAUCGGCGACUCCAAGGUGAUGCGCUGGGACGGCGCCCUCUUUCGCGAACUACAGACGGUGCCGUCGCGCGGCUCCAUGGUGUUCCAGCCCUUCGCAGUGGGCAGCUGGCAGUACGCCAUCCUGGGCAGCGACUACUCCUUCACUCAGGUGUACCGCUGGGAUGCCAAGAAAGGCGAGUUCGUCCACUUCCAGGAGCUCAACAUCCAGGCGCCGAGGGCCUUCUCGCCCGUCUCUAUCGACAACCGUCAGUUCCUGCUGGCUUCCAGUUUUAAAGGGAAAACGCAGAUUUACGAGCAUCUGGUCAUCGACCUGAGCAACUGAGCGCUACGAAAACGGGUAUACGUAUGCCCAGAUGUCAGCUGAUGCUAUCUUGAGAAAGGCAUGCAUUAUUAUACUAUCUGCUCUCUUUUCAAAGUGUGUAAAAGUAUUGGGACACGUCGGUCAGCGUUCUAAUCAAGUUUUUGCGCUCACGCUCCUUUUGGAAAUUCCAGUCGCCGGAGAGAUUUUCACUUAGCAACAUGAAAUUUGGUAGGCAUGUCGAUUAUGAGUAGACCUCCCAAAAAGUCCAUUUCAGGAGUGCUUCAAAAAUGAACAUGAACGACACAUUUGUCCGAUUCCUACCAAAUUGUUAAUUAACUGACUUACCUUGCUAGGGCUGACGAUCAAAUGGAUAGGAUGCUGUAGAACUGGAGCCAAAAAGUCUCAAGAUCCAUCGCCCAAGAAGACAUAAGAAGUCAGCCAUUUUGCUUGGUGCUUGCCAUUUUGACAAUUUUCAGGAAUCCUUCACAAAAAAAGAAAUUGUCUUAGAGAUUUUGUCCGAGUACUACGAAACUUGAACUAGCUACUCUAGACAAACGGACGACGUACAAUUCUUGAAAACAUGCAUUUUCAGAACGGAAUUUCGUAGGCAUGCCAAUCAGGCGUACAUUUGGGGCCAUUUUCAAGGGGUCCUUCAAAAAGGACCUCAUCCUCCAAAUUUGGACCAAAUUUAAGCCAUGUGGGCUUUUCUAAAUUCUGAAAACUGUCAAAAUCGUUACAAGUCAGCUGACCAUGGCAGUAAUGGCUCACCAGAAACACAAAACGCUUAUAACUCACCUAAACUGGCUAAUUAGGGGGCUUUUGCAAACUUUUUUUCCUUCCUUAACUUGCAAACCUGGAAAAUCUGUAGGGAACGUGACUCCCCUAAAAAACACCCCGGAGGAGCUCCUGCCGCUAUUGUGAGCGAUUGACACAAAAUCCUGCAUGUUCACCAUGAAUCAAGACAGAAAAUAAACGGAAACAUUUUUCUUGUUUUUCGGUGAUGAUGCCAUUUCCCUGGGUGUCCCAAUACUUUUUUCCCCCUCAAAUGAUAUUUUACGAGGAUCCAGGUUGGGCUCAAUGUAUGCAUCUCAAGCUAGAAUCAGACUUCAUGCGUGAUCAAGCCAUCCGUGCAUCAUCGUCCACAAAUCCAGAAUGUGCAUUAAAACCUGUUUUUCACCAUCAGCCAUACAUGCAUUACGUUUGUACGCUCGUGUAUUUGUCAGCACAAAGCAAUGCUCACUUGGAACGUUUGAACCAAUCUGCCAGAAAAGAAAUGUUUACAUUUUUUUCAGACUCAAAUUUGUAAAAAAAAAAAAAAAAGAAUCUUAAAAAAAAUGAAGCUUUUGUAAGGGGUAACAGCAGUUAGAUUGAUAUUUAAAGAGACCCGCCUUUCUCUCCUUGUACAUUUUAAUCAUGAAUGUUUGUAUUUUUCAACUAUUGAUGAUGAUACCGUUUUUCAGGAUCACCCGACUUGACACUAUUUGCACAACCUAAAAUUGAGGUUUGACUCGCUUCUGUCUGUCAUGUGUAGCUCACAAUCUUCCAUUCUUUUCUCAUUGAAUUGAUUCGUUUUCCUGCUAUGAAUGUAUGAAUUGUAGCAGCAGCUCUGACAGUGUCAUGGUGAGGAUGACAUCAGCAGCAGCUAACAUUGUGCUAUUUCAAUAAAAGCUUCAAUCACAGACA